AUGGACGGGUCGGCGUUUAUGUCGCUGGCGCCGGAACUCCGCGACGCGCUCGCCAAGGUGGCUGUGUUCGUGCUAGUGCAGGGGCUGGUCUACCUCAUCCUCCGCAGCUCCUCCGACGUCUUCUCCAAGGACGGCCGGCUCAAGUCCCUCAGCUUCCGCUCCAUGCGCUCCAUGAGCGUCAGGCGCCUGCUGGCGCCGCUCUCCGACGUCCCCGUCGGCACCGACGAGGCCUCGCCUUCGCCGUCGUCGUCGAUGUCGCCCGCCGCGUCGUCGUCGCACUGCAGGGCUGCCAGCGAGGAUUGA